AUGGCGACACCUGCUCCUGUCCCUGAGCUGCUGCUGGCCACUCUGGAUGGCUUGGUCUCAGAUUACCUGAAGAGAUUUCAGUGGCACCUGACUAUGAACGUGUUAGAUGGCUUGUCUCCCAUUCCUAAGAGCUGUCUGGAGAAUGCUGACAGGCAAGAUACUGUGGAGAAGAUGGUAAACACCUAUAGCCAUGAAGGAGCUGUGAAGAUCUCACUGGAGAUCCUGAGGAAGAUCAACCAGAAUGAUCUCGCUAUGAAGUUAGAGAGAGAGACACUCUAG